UUGAAUUACAGGCUUUUAACAUCACUUUUGAUAAUAAUCUAUUGAUGCAUGAAAUUUGCUUUUAAAAAAUGCCUUUGUAAUACUUGUGAUAUUUAAAAUAUAUUAUGUGAGAGCCACAUACCUGCGUACAAGAUGGUGUGUGCUGUUCUAUUUGGCAGUACAGAUAAGAACUGAAAUACCUGACCCUGCUUUUUCUUCAGGUUCUGUAACUUAACAUUUGAUCUGUCUUGAAACUUUGUCUGUGCCUGUUCCUAGCCUUCAUAUGCAAGUAGAAAGCAAAACCUGGCAUACAUACUGUUUAUAUAUGGUAGGCCUGGUACAGCCAGCACUAUAAGCAUUUAAAGCAGGUUUCUUUCAUUUCACACAGCCCACAGAAAUGUUAGUGGGUUACAGAAAGGUGUUUCUGACUUGCACAUGCCUUUUGCAGACUACCAGGCCCAUUGGUUUCUUACUUAGAAAGAAGUUUUGCAUUCCUGACUCGAUGCCAGGGGAGCUCCUGGAGCUGUGCUUCAUCUGGCUUACGAGCAUUGAGUUUCAUGAAAGAGGAAAGAAUCAUAAAGAAAAUGUGGCAAAAAGAAUUAGUGAGAUUAAAAAGAAAAGUUUGGAAAAAGCAAAAGAAGAAGAAAACAUGUCAAAAGAAUUUGCAGCAAUGGAGGAGGCUGCAAUGAAAGCCUAUCAAGAGGAUUUGAAAAGGCUUGGAAUUAAGCCAGAUGAUGUAGGUCCCAGUUCGACACAGAGUAAAACUCAGAGUAACACAGUGGAAACUAAAGGAAAGAAAGAAAAGAAAGAGAAGAAGGAAAAGAAGGAAAAGAAAGAAAAGAAAAAAAAGACACCUCAGGACACCUCGAUGCCACCAAAAAUUGAAACGAAGGAGUGGGUGCAAGGAUUUUCUCCCGAAGGCUAUACAUAUUACUACAACACAAGAACAGGAGAAUCACAGUGGGAGAAACCUAAAGGAUUCCAAGGCAACUCUCAAAACUCACAAACGGCAGCAGAGUGGGUAGAAGGUGUCACUGAAGAUGGUCAUACCUAUUACUAUAACACGCAAACAGGAGUAUCCACAUGGGAGAAACCGGAUGGUUUUGUUUCAUCUUCAAACGAGAAGAGUCAAUGUGACAAGCAUUCUGAAGAGCUUGCAGAAACAGAUUCCAAAGCAUCUGAAUCAGACUCAGAAGACAGUGAAAAUGAAGCACAGAGUUCAGAAACAAAUUUCAAGAGGAAAGGAGGUAAUGGUGAAGAAUCAGAGGAAGGGAAAAAAUCUCCCAGAGCUAAAAAGUUAAGUCCGUAUGGGAAAUGGCGAGAAGUUAAGCCAGAAGAAACUGUUGAUAAAGAGGACAGUACAUCAGCUUCCCAAGAAACCCCUAGUGAUGCACCUAACAAGACCAACCCUUAUGGAAAAUGGAAAGCAGUUAAAGAAGAAGAAGAAGAAGAAGAAGAUGAAGAACCAUGUGAAAAAGUGGACCUGGAGCUUCCUAGUACAGAGAGUGACAAUCUACCGCCUCCAGUGCUAGAGGUUCCAGAAGAUGCAACAGUGAUAUUUAAAGAGAAGACAGUCACCUCCCUUGGAGACCUGACAGAAGGGGUGCCAACAUUUAAAAAGAGGAAAUUUGAAAAUGGAAAAUCUAGAAACCUAAGACAAAGACUAAGUGAUCAGUAAUACUUAACAAAUCAUUUUAGAUUCUGUUUAAGCUAGAGUGAAUCAAAAGUUUAAUAUUUUAAACAGGCUUUUAUAAAGAAAAUGUUGGAUAGAAAUUAAGGAUUUAUAGGUAUUAAAAUAUGUGAGUUGUAAUAUUUUUUUAUUUUAUUUUGAUGUGAUUGAUUGUGGAAUGGAAGUUUGUGUUAUAUUACUUAUGCAAUAUUGUAAAUACAUUUAUUUUUUAUUUUAACCAUGCCAUCUAAGUUCGAUUUGCUCUGUGUAUGCUGUUUCAAAUACAUUGCAUAAGGUUUUUUACUCCUUUUCUAAGUAUGGGAGAAUGUAGUAAUCCUUAAUCUGGCAAAAAUGAUGCAGACCUUUUAUUUUUACAGAGGAACUGGAUCAGUGGCAUGUACUAGAGAGUAAAAUCAUCCCCCAAGAUUGUUUAUGUGGAGUAGUUUCCCAACUAAUGAGUAAAAAUACUGUGCUUACUAACCCUUGGCUAAUCGCUUGCAAAAGAGUAGGUGGUGAGACUGCCAACAUUUCAAUUUGAAAGCUGUUUUUAGAGGAGUUAGUCACAUCAGUGCCACUCAGUCCAAAUGACGCUCUGAAAAAUUAUUUGUGUACAUGCAUGAUAAAUGUAUUAAGCCCCUGCAGAAGUUUUUAACCUGAUGAAUCUUAACUUUUAAUAACAGCACCAGAGCCACCCCUGUUGGAGUAGAUAUUUCUAUGGUGUGUGUCCUCCUGUUCUGUUAUGCUUUAUUGUUUCUCUACUUGAAUUUUUCCUUCUUUUUACCUGCCAAGGGUUUGGGUGGGGUUUUUUUGGUCUUGUUUUCUUUUUGUCUCUUUCCCUGUAAAAAAAACAGUUGCCUGAUGUUUUCAUGAAAAAAUAUUCCAAAGACCUGGCCCUGCUACAGCAUACAGCAUGCUUUUUGAGGUUGAUGGGUUUUGUCUGUUGAUUAUAGGAGUGUAUUGAAUAGUUGCAGUGUUCACUAAGCUGAGAGGGGCUAAGUGUAUUGAAGCUUCAUCGUUCUCAGUACCAUAGGAGAGGAAAACAAAGGAGGGACAAGUAGAGCUGAUGGCUGUACUGUCCGAGAUGGCUUGGACAUUUUCUUAAGGAUUGUAGAUUUGAUUUCUUCACUUGGUGGGAUUGGUCUGCAUUCAUCAAGAUUCAUUGGCUGCGUAAGAACAUAGCUACACUCCUUGCUUCUCUAGGUAUCAAACAGUGGACCGUAAAGGUUCAAACCAUGACUCUGUUAAAAAAUAUGUCUCUGUUCCUAAAGCUCACCGUGUUUUGUUCAGGAGAGUCUCAGUCAAAAACAGAGGGUGCAGUUAAGACAGUUGUCAGAGUGCAGCUACAGCAAAACAGUUGGUAACUGCUGAGUUUGAACUUCAUUGAGAAAAUGACUGUUAAUCUGUCAGAUCAGUGGCGAAAGGAGUGCAAGACAGGGAAUCUGGUUUAUCAUGUAUUACAAAGGAAACUGAAGUCUGUUUUUCUAUUCUGUGACAUUUUCUCUGUGUGUAGAAGAGACUUAAGUAUUGUAUUUAAUCCCAUGCGUUUCUUUGGCUUCAUCGGGGUUGUAUUUCUUCUGAUGCUUGUUUGGAGCAAUUUGAGUUGCCUGUAAUACCUAGCUCUGGAUUAUCAUUUAGAGAUGCAGGAUGGGUGCUGGAUGCUCUCACGGUCAUAGAUGCAGGAAUGUGCAACGUACUCCACAUGAAAGACCUCACAUGCAAGGCUAGAAGAGAAAUGUCCUUUCUGCUGCAGAGAGGUUGUCAGGUUUCUUAAAAAACAGGUUUUUCGGGUUUUGUUCUUACUCUUAGUUGAACACUACUCCAGCAGCUAGGAGCCUGUUCUAACUUGAAGCCUUGCUGUGUUUGUGACCAGUUUACACUCAUUUCCUCCCAAUUUACACAAAUAUUACCCUUCAGCUAAGUAGCUUUUCUUCCCCUUGAAUCCAUUGUGUCUUUUCUCUUUGAAAUCACAGGACCUUCAGUGCUCCGCCAGCACUUCUCUUCAUCCAUUCCAGCCCGAGUUUGCCUUGACUCUAUGUUCAAGGAAGAUUAAGGCCACGCGUGAUGUCACUAAUACUUCCUUAGCGUAUUGGAAAUAACUCUUGAUACAUCCCUAAACCACAUUUGCCUUUCACAUGACUGCAUCAUGCUGUCUGCCAUGGGUGCCCUGUGAUUUCCCAGUACAACUAGCUCUUUCUACUCCUUUGCCAUUGCCAACUGCUGAGUUAACAGCUGAUCCCGCUUUCCGUUCAAGCCCAGGUUUUUUUUUUUACAGAUUUGUUUUGUACUGUUGUACUCAUCCCGCUUCUGUCAUGCCAAGCCUAAAGUAGAUACAUUUCUUUACGAUCUCUGUAAAAUGAUUUUAUUGUUUAUUAGUACAGUUUUACACAGUAUUAUAGUUCUUUUGUAGGCUCUGCUUUUAAUAUCCUCUGAGGAGGACAUCUUUCCUCUUCUAGUGACGUUCCCAAAAUACUAGCAUCUUUCCUUAAAAAUGUUUUGUCACAUUGAAGUAGUCAUAGGCAGUGAUUUAAGGUACCUGUAACUAAAUUGCUUGAGCAGAUGUUUAAAAACAUCUGAAAAUAAAAGUGUUCGAAACUUGUUUCCUUGAGGAGCUGCUGUUGUAAUAUAGGAACCAAAGGUCUUUGUCAAGUACUGUGUUAAACAGACAAACCAAAACAUUAGGAAAAAAGAUUAAAUGUUUUCUUUGUUCACUGCUAGUAAGGUUGGUGUCAAUACCAUACGCUUGCUUUUGCUGAUGUGACUUCUAAAGCCUGCAUUUCACAAAUAAAUACAGUGCUUCGCUGCCCACUACCUCUGAAAGUCAGUUUGAGGAGAGACCAGUCUAUUCUUUGUCCGUAAGUGUAAAUUAUAAUAAGGGCCAGUUGAAUGAAAUUUGAUAUAUCCAAAGCCACUGUUUAAUUUUGCACCAUGCUGUCACUCAAUUUCCUUAUUGUGUAUCUAAACCAAAUAUUUUCUCUUCUAUACAAAAAUACUGUCUUGUGUGAGAUUUAAGGCAGACACUGCUUUUUCAGGACAUCUGUUCUGCACAGAUCUUUCUCCCUUCUGUGCUAUCUCCCUGCAAAAUCUUCUGCCUUUGGAAUUUGCGGUAGGAAUCCUCUAGGUAUUAGCACAGUUACGCUCCUCAUCUGCUAAUCCUUCCUUGGGCUGCGCUGGCUUUUGACAAAGGAAUGUUCCUUUUACUGUUUCAGAAGAACAGUGUUUUCAGAAGAAGAGUGUUUUGUUUUCUGACUAAUCCAUUUUCUAUCAUGCAGCGUGUUUUUAUCUGCUUGCCUGCUUUUAUUGCAAGCUCCUGGAGUGAGGACUACAUCCUUGACUUUAUAGGCUGUCGUAGACGUUAUUAGCAAUAUGAGGAGUGUCGGAGAGAAAGGAGGAGUCAUUGCAAUUUCUGAUGAUUUCUUUGGUGUGGUUUUGAGCAAGUCAGUUCACUGCUCUGUGUUUUUCUUUCCUUGCCUCAUCUUUCACCUGUCUCGUCUGUUUAGAAAGACAGCUUCGCAAUGCGGGACGCUUAGCUUUGGUUUGUGUGGUUUUACAGUAGGGCCUGCCUGAAGUUGAUGAUGCUUUUAGAGGCAAACACAUUGCAUAUACUAAAAAAGAAAAUUAUUUUGUUAGGCAUUUUUUACGCCAGGAGCUUUGCAGAGACCUACUCAAUUUGACUCAGGUUAUAGAAUAAUCCUUGUUCCUGUUUAGGCUAAGCCAAAUUCUAACACUUCACCUGGGAAUUUGUAGAUUGAAAUCCAGACUUUCCCAAUAGAGUAAAAUUUGCUUUUUGUUUGACCCUCAGACAAAAUCUGUGCUGCAGCAUCAUCCAGUCCCAAUAUUCAGAUUUAGAAGGUGGGGCAGCUGGUCAUGACGUGGGUCUCUGUUAAAUUCACUAACCCGUAUGUAUAUAUACACAUUUCUCCUUUUUUUUUCUGCCCCCCCCCCCGAUGUUAUUUCAGUGCAAAUUUUGGCAUCUCAGAAAGGGAGUAAAAAACUAUUUCAUGCUGCUUGGUUUCCUUGAUUUGCUUUUCAAGUUGUGUUUCCCCUUUUUAGUACUUUUUAUUAUUAUUGCUGUCUUCCUCAAACCGUCUUCCUCCAGUAUUCCUAUAUAUGCAAAUCUACAUAUCACCUCUGUGCCGCGUUUCUAGCGUCCGCCUUCACCUUAUCCCCUGCUCUACCGAGAUCUUCGGAAAGCUUCACGUCGUCUUAUGUAGGCCACCGCGUCUCCAGAUCCCAGCUUGUUGCGAGCGCUUCUGCUGCCUCUUUGCAUCGCGCCCUGAAGAAGUACAGCCUUACCUAUUUUCAAACAAUGUACAAGCUAUUUCAAGACUGACUACAUGUGAUAUUUUGAUUUUCCUUGAUAAUUCGUUUUCCUGAGACAGAUUUCAUUCCAUUCCUCCUACGGGGUUUGUAGCCCUUAAAUCCUUUCGCUUGUUGGUACAAAAGCUGCCUGUAUGCCUUCUGCUAUCCGCUGCGGCAACCCUUUGGUUCUGUGCUGUCAGCCAUACCUCUUCAGUCUCUCUUGUAUCUACCUCUUAAGCCCUCUUACCUUCUACCUGCUAAAUUAUUUAACUUAGAAAUUGUGUUAACCGUUUGUGUGAUUAAGAAAUGUAGCUUUGUGAAAUGUUUCAGGAUAUAGCUUGAACAAAACUUUCUGUACAAAGCAAAAAGUGUUGCAAAGAAUAAUCUGAAAAAGGCUAAAUUCGCCCAAGAGGAUUCCCAGAGAGUGUCAGCAAACGCAGGUUUGAUUUUACCUGUAAAAGUAGAAAUAGUCUAUGUUGAAAACCAGACAACAGCAUUAUACAGGCCAUGGGCUGAAGGCAGUGGACUUCAAUGGCUUGCUUAACUGAAGAUACAGUGAAGAACAGUGGGGUGAUUGAAAAGCGCUUGUGUUAGUUCAUAAGGAUUGUCUGCAAAGUUAAACAUCUGGUUUGUCUUUAACAGCUUCUCAGUUGCAAUUACAAAAUAUUGCAAGCUCUUGAAGUGGAGUUUAUCUGAAAAUACUGAAUAAAGCUUUCAUUUGAACAAUCUA